AUGUCUCUCCUUCGCAUUGCUGGUGCUGCCGCUGUUUUCCUGUCUCUGGGACUGUUGGCUCGCGCAGCUCCUAUUGGUCUUGGUGUCCUCGGGGAUAUUACCAUUGGGGUGCUUGCAUCGAAAGAUGCUGUUUCUUGCGCGUUGAACAAGCUCAUCGUGGAGCUUGACAUUGUUGCCAAGCUCAAUGCAUGCCUCGACCUCACCUCCAUUGCAGAGGUACAGGCUGCUCUGCGCGUCUGUGUUGACGCUAUCAAGCUGUGCACCGAAGAGCUCCUCAGCAUUGGAGUUGUUGCGGACAUCGAUGCUCGUGCCAAGGCAGAUAUAGUCGCAACCGUUGCUGCUAUUAUCACUCUCUUUUUGAAGGUCUGCCUUCAGAUCUCCCUCAAGUUCGGUGUUGCAGUUGUUGCCACCGUUGUUGCCGAGGUCGAUGUCUGCAUCAAAGCUUUGUUGGUUUCCCUGAACAUUUGCAUUGACGGUAUCAUUGUUUUGGUUGUUAAAGCAAUUACCUCGGUUUCAGUCGGCUUGUUCGCUGAUGUUGGCCUCCGUCUUUGCGCCAGCAUUUUUGCUAGUCUCGGUGUUACCGCCAAUGUCGGCGCAGCUGUUGGCCUCUAA